GAUGCUUUAGCAUAUGACGGCUGUUAGAAUCGGAGGGGGCGGGGUGCAGCAGGAGAGAGCAGAGAUGUUUGGAGGGUUUUUUUUAAAAUAUAAAAUUAUUUAUUUAAAUAAAAAUGGCCGCCGUGGAGAGCGGAGAGGAGAGACUUGAGGAGGGUCGGGAGGGUGAGGAAGGAACUGUUCACCCUCAGCACCCUGCCAGCGAGAAAGAAAGAUCCCAAGGUAAGACCAAAAAGGCCCGCAGGGAGCGCCGUCAUGCUGAGCGUGGAGAAGGGCCCACACCUCCAACAACCAGCCGGACACAGACAGCGGUGGAGUCACAGACUCAGGUGUCAGAACCAGUGGCAGGUCCCUCAGAACCUGAGUCAGCACUGGAGUCAGAGCCGGCAGCUGGUUCUGCAGGUUCUCUUAGACAGCGGCGCUCCGUCAUCCGUGACCGUGGGCCACUGUAUGAUGACCCAUCACUCCCUGAAGGUUGGACUCGAAAGCUCAAACAGAGGAAGUCGGGGCGCUCAGCAGGGAAGUUUGAUGUCUACUUGAUCAACUCAGAGGGGAAGGCAUUUCGUUCCAAGGUCGAACUUAUUGCCUACUUUCAGAAGGUUGGUGACACAACCACUGACCCAAAUGAUUUUGACUUCACUGUCACGGGACGGGGAAGCCCAUCACGGCGUGAGAAACGGCCUCCUAAGAAACCAAAGGUGGUGAAACCAUCAGGACGAGGUCGUGGGCGUCCCAAAGGCAGUGGAAAGGUGAGGCAGGCUACAGAGGGCGUGGCCAUGAAGCGUGUGGUUGAAAAAACUCCGGGCAAACUGCUGGUCAAGAUGCCCUUCAGCAAAACCGACUCGUCCAUUGGCACAACCUCUGCUGCCUUGAAGGCAGUUUCUCCUGCUCUGAAAUCCCGUCCUGGGAGAAAGAGAAAAUCUGAACAAGAACUUCCAGCACCACCACAGACAGCCCCCAAGAAACGGGGCAGAAAAGCAGCCUCAACUUCAGCAGCAUUAUCAGCUCCUACAGCAUCCACAUCGGCAGCAUCAACUGCUGGUAGUGCAGCAGCUGGAAGCUAUGCCACAGCUGCCCUCUUAGCUGCCGAAGCCAAACGGAGAGCAGCCAAGGAGUCUUCCACAAAACCUGUUGUCCAAGAAACAGCCCUGCCAAUCAAGAAACGUAAAACGAGAGAGACAGUGGAGGAGAAAGAGAGCAUUCACAUGCCAACAACUACAUCAAUGGAGACAGGAAGGUGGGCUACUACAGAGAAGGAAGGAGGUGCUGGGGAUGGAACCUUAGAUCCUCAGCCCACUCCGUCUGGAGACACCCAGUCACAGUCACAGAAGCAGCCCACUGCUUCAGAUGAAGGUCAUUCACAUGGACCUAAGACACAUAAAGGAAGGAAGCACAAAGAGAAAAGUGAAGUAGUGGCAGGUGACGGAGGCAGCAAAGGACAGGGAGCAGGUGAAGAUGCAGGUGAUAAGGGAGGACAGGGUGCAGGAGGAAGGAGUAGCAGCAGCAGCAGCAGUAGCAUUAGCCCCUCAAAAAGUUACAAAAGAAAAGACAGACCACCUCACAAGCACCACCACCAUCAUCACCACCAUCAUCAUCACCGUCGUCACCAACAGUCCUCUGCCUCCACACUGGCUCAGGGUCCUGCCCAUCUAGCUCCCUCCAACCAGCCCAGGCUUGAAGUUGAGCACCAGGCUGUGCCUCAGCCUACGCAACAAACACCUUCUAGACCACAGUCCAAGCCAGCACUUCAGUCUGUAUCUGAACCCCAGCAUCCUCCCCCUCAACCACAUCACCAACAACAUUCUCCUGGUCAGCCCCCAGCUCAGCCUCGAUACCCCACAUCCCAGUCAUCUCCUACCAGGCAUUUUCUGUCCCAGCCACGGCCUCAACACCCCCCUCCCCAAACCCACAGUCUGCCCCAGGCCUUCACCCAAAAGGCCCAGUUGCAGCCUAUCCACUCCGAAGCACAGCAUCAAACCCAGCCACAAGCUCUGCAUGCCCCUCAGUCUUCUUUGAUUCUACACAUUCAGCCACCUCAAACAAGGCAUGCACAUCCUUCGACUCAGUCGUCUACAGUGCUCCAUCCUCAAACCCACCCCAGGCACCCGUCACAGCUGCAAACCCAGCUCAAACAGCAAUGUCCUUCACAGCCUCAUCUCGCACAACACGACAGGCCAACGCAACCACAGAUGCAGUCCCAGGUCAGGAUCCUAACCCAACCUCAGUCUCAUGUUCAGCCCAGAAUCCCAUCUCAAACAUACCCUCAACAGCAGUCCAGAAGCCAUGGACAACCUCAGACCAGGCACCAAGUACAGACCCCAUCACAGACAAGGCCCAGUUUGCAGCACCAUGUGCAGACUCAAUACAGACCACAAUCCGGACAGUCUUUAUCCCAGCCCAGGCCUCCUCAGUCUCAACUACAAUCCCAAGCACAACAAUACCUCCACCAGAUUCAAACACAGCAACGACCCCUGUCCCAGGCUCCCUCUCAGCUCACCAGGCCCCAUAUGCAGCACCACUCAUUCCAACGACCAUCUCCCAGCCUAACCAGAACCAACCUGGCCUCUACUCAACAAAAUCAGAGUGAACAGCCCCAAGAUCUAAGCACCACACGGCCUAGUCGAGCAAGCUUGCUGCCGAACCGAGAAGUUGGUGUGGAAUGUAUCGUAAUGGAAGGAAGAGGGGAGCCCACCAUGACAUCAGAGAACAGAGAGGUUUUAGGAGGAGAAAGAAGCUCAAACAGCACCUCAAGGCCUCCCAGCUCUGUGCCUCCUGAACCUCCUGGAGUAGCUGGGAGCGGGAUUGGUGCUGUGACUGGAUCAGAGGGCAGGCCCAGGCAUAGGGCAGAGCCAGAGGCAGCAAGUGAGGGCAGGGAGCUCAGAGACAUCGUUCCCCAGUCCUCUGUCCCGUGCCCCAGCCGAGAGGAAACCGUAGAGUCACGGACUGUUGUUAGUGAAAGAGUCAGUUGAUUGGGUGAAUCAGGAACCAGCUACUGAUUGGUGGAUGGAAGGUCAGGAGAACGAGCUGUCCAUAGAGAUAUCACCUUUUUACAGUGUUUUAGAUAGAAGAAUAGUCAGGGUGAUAGUCACACAGAACUUCUUGGACUGUUGCAACAUCUACUUUGUCUGACUCUGUCUGGACACUUUAUAAGGUUCUGGAUUUGAUAACUGACCCGGGCAGCGAGAGAGGAGAAUGCGUAUUGUCUUUUUCUAGGAAAAACAAAUGAAAAGGAAAAUCUGAUUAAAAAGUGUGUGUACAUAUAAUCAAAAGGCAGCUGUUGUGUCCCGCUAGUCUCCGUGGCGAGGGAGGGGUAGGUCGGAACUAAAACCAACGCUUAACACAUUACUCGGAACGAAACGCUGCUUCCGGAAUAUAACCUGUUUUUUUAUUUGGUAUUUUGAUAGUUUAUUGUUUUGUCUCUGUUAUCCAGCUUUAAACUCUGAUAUUAUUGACUAAAGGUCCCUGACCCAUUGUCUUGCUGCUGACUGAAGGUCCCUUAUUUCAUGUCCCUAUUAAUUAUUACUAAAGGUCCUCCUAUUGACUGAUCCUUGAUCAAAAGCCUCAGAGAUGACGUUGGGCGGUGGUUUUCACCUUAAUCAGUUUUCUUACUUCCCCUUCCCACCCACAGUAAAUACUAAAGGGGUGGUGAUGUCUAGCAUGCCCCUCUAAAGGUAGCCAAUCUGGUAUCUUUAUCUUCAGAUUCCUUCUAGUUUAGAAGUUUGAAACAUUUGCGUCGCUUAAACUCUUGAUUUGUUUUAUUAGACACUGCAACAGCAUCAAAAACAAACCAGUUCAUUGAAGAAAAACUUAAGGGUUCAGACAGUUGUUCUUCCAGCUUAGAGAUUCUUCCACAAUAGUCUUCAUUUGCUCUGUUUGUUUUGGGAUCAUUUUGUUUCCAAAAGAAGUGCAUUUAAUGUCAAACCAAACCCACUUCUACAGUAGCUUUAUUUUAGUUUUUAAUGUUAAUGACAGAGUGUGGCAAUUGACUCAGUUUUAUUGUGUCUUCAUGUUGAAUGUCUGGAACAGUUUGCACUUCUCCAGUUUGUACAAUCAACCGCCUGCAUGUCACUCAGAGACCCUGCAGGCCUCAACUCGAGGCACAUGUAUGCACAGGAGUAAAACCCUGAAGCAGAUUUAGUUCAGCUUCAUGUGGACUCAAUGUGUUACAAACUACACAGUUAGUGCAGGUUUGGGAGGAGGGAUUCUCGCAUGCAGAACCUUCAGAGAUUCUGUGAAAUGUAGCAAACAACCCAGUUGUAGAAUCAUGUCUGGUGACACAGGUUCUGACAGAGGAAUUAAUUCACGAUAUGUGUACUUGACUGAUCGAUAGAAAUGCUCCUACCCUCGUUAAAGCUAACAUCCACUGUUCAUGCUUUGAAGACAGCUGUGGCCAGAAACACUAAAGCAGAGAAGUACACGAUAACAACAAUCAGAUCCCCUCAGGUUACAGAUUCCUGUGAGAAUAUUUUAUCUCUCACCAAUGACUCAGUGGUGCCACCUAGUUCCAGGAGCCAAAUAUCAGAGAUGGCAUGCAGACAACUGAAAACUAGAUUAGAUUAGAUUAGAUUAGAUUAGAUUAGAUUAGAUUAGAUUAGAUUAGAUUAGAUUAGAUUAGAUUAGAUUAGAUUAGAUUAAAAAAAACUAUUUGUGCUGCAAUAGGGGAAUUGCCAUAAAUAUUGUUAUGAUACUGUCCUCCUAAAUGGAUGGGUGUGGUUGCUGGGACUAACUGGGCAAGAGGUAGAGUAGUCGCCCACCAAUCAUAGAAAAAUCCAGAAACAAGCCAAAGUGUCUUUGGGUAGACAGUGAACCCCAGGUUGCCCCUGCUGUGUAAAGAAAUGCAGUGUCAAAGCGCUCUGAGUCCUAGAUAAGUAGAUAAGGUAGAAAAGCUGUGCAAGCAUUCACCAUUUAACCAGAACUAAACUGGCUAAAGUUGUGUGUGGCAUGAAAUCUGCAGCUUGAACUCAGUGAUUGGCUGUUUGUCAAUGAAAUGCAUCCUGGGAGUCGUGGUUAUAAUGUGCUUUAGUUUUUCUGUCCACAGAUAUGUCAUAGUUUUUACUAUAUUCUGCAUGUCUGAAUCUCUCCCAGGACCAACAUGGGGCUCUGUUCAAACCAGAGGCGGAAGUAAAUAGGUACUGUCUGAAGCAGCACUAGGCCGAAGGAUCAUGAGUUUUAACGCAGUGACGAGUACUUUGUUGUGCACUAAAUGCCAUUAAUAACAUGAAUGUAUAGUCCAGAUGUUCCACGUGUGCCUCAUCAGCUUAUUUGAUGAACAAAACCAGGUUUAAAACUGGAUUUCUGUAUAUUUACAGUAAAAAGUCAUCAGGGUUAACAAACAGAACUUUUAGUUAAAACCCAGAAAAAUUCAGUUUUACUGCUGUGGAACAAAAGCAGCAACAACACACAUCAAAACAGAACAUGGAAUUAUUUCUUGAGAGUUCUGCUUGAGUGAAGGUACUCUGUUACACUCCACCUCUGGUUCUCAUGUAUCUCUGGAGGAGCCUCAGUGUUAAUGUUCUGAUUCCGGCCCAAUGUUCUGAUACCCACCUGAGGCUGACAUAGCUCCUCUGCAUCCAUGGCGCCUCCGUCUGCAGACAUGAAGCGUCCCUCUGCGAGCGGGACCCGACCCUGCACCAACUACAGUAACCAGCCACCAUACUGCAUGUUCCAGAGUUUAGUGCCUAUAAUAUUGUGCGUCUUGCCAGAAGCCACCAUGUCCGCCCAGCCAUGUUGUGUUUCUAGACUUAGUAGUGAUGUGUGUGGUGACUUCAUAGUUGCUAAUAUUGAGGAUGAAUAUUCUGCUUUUUCUCUGGUCGGAAUUCAAAUGAAACUUCAAUACACUGUCGCUGUAGACAACUAGUUUUUACCUGUUUUCUUAUUUUUCUUUCUAACUAAAAGCGUUUGUUGUCCCCUUCC